AUUCCAACCUUCUAAGGUCGCCGGGACCGCCUGCCCUCCAGCCGGUUCCUGUACCAGAUUUUCAGCUACUGAUGUUACAAACAAAAUAUUGGAACAUAGAGUUGAGGAAAAGACUUAAACCAGAUUUUUCUUCUAUUAGUUAAAAAUAUGGAUCCUGAAGCAGAGGGACCACCAAUUAUCAAAGUGACUCCUCUUCAACAAAUGCUUGCCUCUUGUACUGGAGCCAUAAUGACAUCACUGAUGGUGACACCCUUUGAUGUUGUUAAAAUUCGACUCCAAGCCCAAAACAACCCAUUCCCCAAAGGAAAAUGUUUCUUAUAUAGUAAUGGACUUAUGGAUCAUCUAUGUGUCUGUGAAGAGGAAGGCAACAAAGCAUGGUAUAAGAAGCCAGGACGUUUCCAGGGAACAUUGGAUGCCUUCUUGAAAAUCAUUCGAAAUGAGGGCAUUAAAUCCCUGUGGAGUGGCCUUCCUCCUACCUUAGUGAUGGCAGUUCCUGCCACAGUUAUUUAUUUUACCUGCUAUGAUCAAUUAACUGCUCUUCUGAGAUCUAAAUUAGGAGAAAGUGAAAGCCGCAUACCAAUUGUUGCUGGAAUUGUGGCUAGAGUUGGUGCAGUAACUGUAAUAAGUCCACUGGAAUUGAUUAGAACUAAGAUGCAAUCUAAGAAGUUUUCUUACGAGGAACUGCAUCAGUUUGUCAGCAAGAAAGUGUCUGAAGAUGGUUGGAUUUCCCUCUGGAGGGGUUGGGCUCCUACCAUUCUUAGAGAUGUACCAUUCUCAGCAAUGUACUGGUAUAACUAUGAAGUUUUAAAGAAGUGGUUGUGUGCAAAAUCUGGUUUAUAUGAACCGACAUUUAUGAUCAACUUUACUUCAGGGGCAUUAUCUGGUUCUUUUGCAGCUGUUGUAACUUUGCCAUUUGAUGUGGUAAAAACACAAAAGCAGACACAGCUUUGGAUAUAUGAAAGUCGGAAAAUUUCUAUGCCUUUGCAAAUGUCAACGUGGGCUAUAAUGAAGAACAUUGUUGCUAAGAAUGGAUUUUCUGGAUUAUUUACAGGCCUAAUUCCUCGUUUAAUUAAAAUUGCUCCUGCUUGUGCUGUUAUGAUCAGUACAUAUGAAUUUGGAAAGUCUUUUUUCCAGAAACAAAAUGCUCGAAGACAGCAAUACUAGAGAUGCUAUUUCAACCUGAAAUAACAACCAUUGACCAAAUAAUAAGAUGGAGAAUCUUAGACAAGAGCUUUUUUUCACCAUUAUCUUAGAGUGGUUUUAUAUCUUUCUUAUCUAUAAUUUAAAUGAAUAAAAUUUCUACUUUGCAUUUAAAUCAUAAUCCUAAUUUUUAAAUAAAUUUUUUAUCCUAAUUUUUGAGAUUUUGAAAAAGAUAUUCCAGAAAUCAUAACCAUUGAGCAUUCUUGUAAAGAAAAGAAGAAUUAUUCUACACUGAAAGCAAUAAUCUCAGAGUUUGAUACAAAUCUUGGUUUAAGUUAAUCCUACUGGGAGUGUGUCAGAGACAACAGAACACUUUGAAUUGUGUGCUGAAUGAUGUACAGAGUCUAAAAGAAAAAUUCGCAAAUCUUAUACACAUUUAAAUCACGGACAUAGAUAGUUAAGUAUUUCAGCAAAGUAGAUAAUGGAAGGCAGUCUUCAGAUAACAUUAUUCACAUAUACCACAUAUUACCUAUUAUUUUUUUAAAUUCACAUGCAUUUGGUAUUUUGUUUUUUUACCUUGUUACUGUUCUAAGGCCUUAUGAAUAUUAGGAUUUCUCUGAUCAGAGGUGUAUGGUUAUUUUAUCUUCAUGAACCAAAAAUAUACUAGUUUGUAUGAUAUUGA